UGUCAGGGAAGCCGGGCGGGCGGGCUGGGGCUCCGGCUCUGCCGUGCCAGCGCCAGACCCGCCGCCCCGCGCCUUCCCCAGCUCCGCGCCACCCUUUCCUCAGCCCCACAUCUGCUCUCCGGCCCCGGUCCUCGGCUUCCCGCCGUGCCCCUCCGUCACCCAGUAAUGGAAUUGCUGUGCUCUGAGGGGGCUCGGCGGACGCCCCGGGCCGGGCCGGACCCUCGGCUACUUGGGGACCAACGCGUCCUGCAGAGCUUGCUCCGCCUAGAGGAGCGCUACGUGCCCCGCGCCUCCUACUUUAAGUGCGUGCAGCGGGAGCUCAAGCCUCACAUGCGGAAGAUGCUGGCAUACUGGAUGCUGGAGGUGUGUGAGGAGCAGCGCUGCGAGGAGGAGGUCUUCCCCCUGGCGAUGAACUACCUGGACCGCUACCUGUCCUGUGUCCCUACCCGAAAGUGCCACCUGCAGCUUUUGGGUGCAGUGUGCAUGCUGUUGGCCUCCAAACUCCGGGAGACCACACCAUUGACCAUGGAGAAGCUAUGUAUCUACACUGACCACUCCGUCACACCCCAUCAGCUCCGGGACUGGGAAGUGAUUGUCUUAGGGAGACUCAAGUGGGACCUAGCCGCCGUGAUUGCUCACGACUUCCUGGCACUGAUUCUGCACCGGCUUCCAGUGCCCCUGGACCGACGGGCAUUGGUCAAGAAGCAUGCCCAGACCUUUCUAGCCCUCUGUGCUACAGAUUAUACCUUUGCCAUGUAUCCACCCUCCAUGAUCGCAACUGGCAGCAUUGGAGCUGCUGUACAGGGCCUGGCUGCCUGCCCCUUAUCUUCGGAUGAGCUGACAGAGCUGUUGGCAGGGAUCACAGGCACUGACGUGGACUGCCUGCGUGCCUGCCAGGAGCAGAUUGAAGCUGCUCUAAGGGAGAGCCUUCGGGAGGCUGCCCAGGAUACAGCAGUCACAGUUCCCAAGGCUCCAGAAUAUUCUGCCAACCAGGAGCCGAGUCAGACCAGCACCCCAACAGAAGUCACAGCCGUUCACUUGUAACUCCUUCCCCACUCUUCCCCAUUCCUUCUCGUGGGCUACACAAGGGAGGAAAGAACACCAACCCAAUCCCAACCCCAGCCCAGCCUCUGCUCUGAGAACCAACUUUGCCGUCAGCUGGAUGUCCGGGCCCUGGGAGCCGUGGCUCCUCCUGAGCCAGAGUUUGAGACGGGGCAGGUUCUGCCCCACCUGUGGGCCUGCCCAAUUGUCAGAUAGGGAACUAGUUUGAUCAGACCUAGGCAAAAUUGUUUAGUUGGCUCUUUCUCUCCCCCCCACGUCCCCCCAGGGGUAUUUGCAUUUAGACUUGAAGACUUAAUUCCAAGCCGGCUAAGUGCUUGGAGGAAAAAAAUUCAGGCUGGGGGUGGGGAUCCUCCCUGGAAUUUUAUGGUGCAGCAUCAAGCCAGCCCUCAGGAAGAGAAAGGCUAAGGCCUCAGUCUGGGGGGGUGGGGGGGGGGUUUGAAACUUGCAGCCUGAUUCUUCCUUGAAUUGCUUCCUGCUCAGCUUGCUGAAUGUGCCCCCUGAUGUCUAGUCAGGGCUGGGGGUGGGGGAGUGGCUCCACCGAUUAAUUUAUUAUGACCAGGUGCAACAAAGUGAUCACAGUACAACGCCAGAGGGACCGGGGAGCCUUCCUCUGUCCUCCAGAAAAUGACCCUUUCCAUGUGCCUCCUCCCACCUUCCUCCCAUCCUGUUCCCCCCCAUUUGGCUGGAAAGACUUAGUGCCAAAGAUGCUGCUAUAGCUUGGGGGGAAGGAGGGAGGAAAGGGGCUGCAAACCCCUCUUCCUCUAGCCCUGCUCCUUGAGGUGUGAGAAAUGGACUGAAGGGUACCUAGGCCUCUCCCAGGGGAGGGAGGCAGGCCCUGUUCGCUGCACAGGUGUCCCUGGGGCCACUACCUCGGUCCAGGAGGGGCAGCCCAGGCUACCUGAAUAAAGAUUCUGGACUAGACCAAG